UCGCGCCGUCCGGGGCUAACCUCGCUCAGGAGAAAACUAAUCCGUACAAAAACCAGUCACAAACACUUAGUUACGGAGUCAAGGAAGAAGAAGAAGAAGAAGAAGAAGAAGAAGAUAGAAGAAAGGGGCUUCUUCUUCUUUUUCAAAAACCUUCAAUUUCUUCACAGAAAGCUCCAAUGGCACUCGUAAUCGCAUGUGGAGAAUCGUCGCCGUCCCACAUUACCCUUCUGAGAUGUUUGAAUCGAACCCUCGACUCUAUCAAGCACAACAUUGCUCGCAUCUUUGUUAACAUUUUGUGCUGCCAAGCUAAAUCUGAUGAAAGCUCCUGGACUUGUCGGGGUAAGGAUCUACUUCCAUCCACUUUUGAGGAUUUCAGGAAAAAAUGGGACGAGAAUUACCAUAUGAGUGCUCAAAAUUGGUUUUCAAAGAAGAAGAAUUCCCGCGGUAAACAAGAUCCACACGCAGUUUGCAAUGUGUUGGAUGCAAUGUUGAGGGAUAGUUUGGAACGUCUCAAAACGAUGAGGGAAGGCAUAUCUACGGCAAAUAUAGGCUUUUUGGAUUGCACUUUGAAAGCUAAUUACACAGAUUGCAUGGCCAUCAUAAAGGUUUUAUGUAUAGAUGGUAAGUUGGGAACUGCUUUUUGGCUUCGGAGAAAACUGAUAAAGAAAGGCAUUGUUCCUGAUAUCUUGACACACAAUUAUCUAUUAAAUGGACUGUGUAAAACUGGUGACUUGGAGAAGGCAGAUUGGCUUAUUAGGGAGAUGUUAGAAAAUGGCCCCUCUCCCAACUGUGCCACGUACAACACUUUUAUUAAGGGUUAUUGCCGCCUUAAUGAUGUGGAUAAAGCUCUUUAUCUUUUAUCCACGAUGGGUAACAGUGGUAUUAGGCCUAAUAGAAUCACUUGCAAUAUAAUUGUACAUGCAUUGUGCAAGAAAGGCCUUAUGGAGAAUGCUAAUAAGCUUCUAGAAGACGUAUUAGAUGAUGAUAAUGACAAGACAACAUCAGAUCUAGUCAUCUCAACUACACUUAUGGAUGGUUAUGUUAAAAAUGGAAGUAUGGUUCAGGCACUUAGUCUUUGGCAUGACAUGGUCCAAAUGAAUAUCCAAGUAGAUGUCCUUUCUUAUAAUGUUCUCAUUCAUGGAUUUUGUCUGAGUCAACACAUGGACCUUGCUUAUGGAUACCUUUGUGAAAUGAUCAAAAGAGGAAUACUUCCUAGUGUUUUUACUUAUAAUACAAUUUUAAGUGGUCUUUGCAAAGGAGGAAAGUUAGAGGAGGCUUGUUACGUCCAUGGACUUAUGUCAAGAAUGGGAGUUACUCCCGAUCAAAUUUCAUACAAAAUACUUGUUCGGGGCCUAUGUAGUAAAGGAGAUGUUGUCAGAGCUAAUGAGUUUCUUCUUCAUAUGCUAGAGAAGUCAGUGGUGCCUGAGACUCUAAUAUGGAAUACUGUCAUUGAUUGUUAUGGAAGAUAUGGGGAUCUUACUACUGCAUUCUCUGUUAAGGAUCAGAUGCUCGCUUUUGGUGUUAAACCAAACGUGUAUACUUACAAUGCAUUGAUCCACGCCCAAGUGAAAGAAGGAAAUAUUACUCGUGCUCUUUCUCAUAAAAAGGAAAUGCUUCUGUCUGGUCUUUUUCCUAAUGUGGUCACUUAUAAUUUGUUGAUAGGUGCUGCUUGUAACUUAGGCGACAUUCUUUUCGCAGUGCAGUUAUAUCGUGAAAUGCUGAUAACAGGACUUGAUCCCGAUAUGAUUACUUACACUGAACUUAUCAGAGGGUACUGCAUGAUAGGUAACAUGAAGAAGGCAGAAGAGCUUUUUGAAAAUAUACAGGCAUCGGGGUUACCUAUCGAUCAUGUUCCAUUUAAGGUACUUGUCAAGCAGUACUGCAAAAUUAUGGAGCCUGACAUGGCAUUUGGCAUUUACCAGAAGUGGCUGACGAGGGGGAACUGAGUUAUCCUCUUGUAUAAACUUUGACCAUGCAUAUUGCAACAUUGUCAUCUUGGCAUGCAAGUCAAAAUUCUUGGAUCUAAAUUCAACAGAAUCCCUUCUGACAGUGGCCGUUUCUACUUGUGGCAAAUAGGAAUCUUUCAUAUGUUUUUCCUGAAGGAUCAGGUGGUUCACAGGUGGCUUAUAGAAUUGACUCUUUUUCUUGAUGGUCGUGGUCCUAAAACUGGGACCAAAUCUGAUAAUUCCUUUCACACGGAAACAGGAUGCUUUAAUAUAUACUUGUGAAGAUCGGAUGGGCCCAAACAUCCGACA